AUGGCUAAUUCUCCAUCGCCAUUGUCAACCACGUCGCACCUGGUCUUCUUACAGCUCUUCACUCGGCUGUUGACCUUUGCCAUGAACCGGACACUGCUGCGCCUGGCAUCCACGGCGGCAUAUGGCACCGCGUCCAUCCAGUUUGAGCUGCUUAUAAGCACCAUACUAUUUCUCGCACGCGAAGGCGUUCGUGGCGCGCUGCUGAGGAGCAACACCGACUCGAAAACGAUGUCAAAGGAAAAGACAGCGUCCGACUCGAAUGUACCCUCUAGGCCACCGCUGCUCUCGUACUUACCUCUCGCGUGGGGAAUUCCACUCGCAGUCGGCACUGCUGCGUUCUAUGCUCUUUCUUGGGCCGGGCCAGAGACGCGUGCGCAACCUUUCUUCCAAGAGGCGGUUGCGAUAUAUGCUGUCGCCGCUCUCAUUGAGCUGACUGCGGAACCUAUGCAUAAUGUUACCAUGGUCUCGCUUCGCACCCAAGUGCGCGUUCGUGCCGAGGGCCUUGCAAUUGCUUGCAAGACACUGGCCACGAUGGCGGUACUGCUCUAUGGCGAGCACGUCACAGGUGACGGGCAGCUCGCGCUUCUCGCCUUCGCAGCCGGACAGUUGACGUAUGCCAGCACCCUCGUUGGGGUCUACGCCGCGCACUACAGUAUUACUUGGCUGUCUGACUGCACACCUAGCCAACUUCGCCAAUCGAGCACAGCUACUACCUCGCAAACACGUCUCGCCCUCGCGAUGACUGGCCAGUCACUCGUCAAGCACGUCCUCACAGAGUGCGACAAGCUCAUCCUUGCAUGGGUUGCUCCACUCACGGACCAGGGCGGGUACGCGGUCGCUGUCAACUACGGAUCCCUUCUCGCCCGUGUCAUUCUCCAGCCUAUCGAGGAGACGCUACGGGUGCACUUCUCGCGCGCCAAGGCGGAGGCUGGCAACAACGAGAAGGAUACCUCUUCGGCUGACGUGAAAACCUCUUCCACUGAUCGCGCGCGUCGCACGCUGCUUGAUGUCCUCGCUGUGCAGCUUGGGCUCUCGCUCAUUUUCUUGACCUUCGCGGUGCCGUAUCUACCGGUCCUGCUUCCGUUCGUACUGACCCCCAAAUGGAUGGCCACAAGCGCACCACGUAUCCUGCAGGCGUGGAUGUGGUAUGUGCCCGUGUUGGCGGUCAAUGGCUCGAUGGAGGCCUACGUGAGCAGCCUGAGUAGCGAAUCCGCGCUUGGCGCCUGGAGCAGAUACCUCACUUUCGCAUCGCCCAUAUUUCCGGCUACCGCGCUCGGUCUCUACCGCGCAGGCUUUGGCGACGAGGCCCUCGUAUACGCGAACAUCGCCAACCUCGCAGCCCGCAUUGCUUACUGCGUACGCUUUGCCUUCCCCGCGGGGACGGCGUCGUUGCGCGAUGUGCUUCCGGGGCGCGCCGCCGUCGUCGCUUGUGCAGUGGCGAACGUUGCCAUUCGCACGAGCGCUACGUUUGUGCUGGGGAAUGCGGCGUACCCAUGGCUACUUCGCGUCGCCGUGCAUGUCGCCAUCGGCGGAUGCCUCGGAGUGGCGUGUGUAAGUGCAUGGUGGGUGGGAGAUAACAUGCCGCAGAGGCUGGGACUGGACGGGUGGAUGGGACUUGGAAUGAUGCAGAGCCGGUUGAGGCGUCUUACGAAGUCUGGCGUAAAGGAGGAGUGA